GUAGAGUUGAAGUAGAGUUAUGUUUAUUUUGUUUGACGUUUUCAACCUCAAAUUCGGAAGUCCAAAUGAAAACUUUGGAAAACGAUAUAUCUGAAUUUUUGAUGCAUUUUCGGAAACUUCCAAAACAUUAGCAGAGUGAAAAAUACAUUUGAUAAUUAAUGAAUUUAGGAGUGGACGUGGAAGCUGGUUGAAUAUUCUGCACAAUGAAAUUGUACUGUUUGAGCAACGAUCCUAAUAAACCAUGCCACAUUCUAACGUUCCGAGAAAUAACAAUGAUGCUAGACUGUGGUCUAUCCAUGCAGUCACUGUUGAACUUCCUACCUUUAUCAUUUGUACCUUCAAACAAGCUGAUGAAUUUGCCAAAUUGGAUGCCUAGUGAUACAACAGAUCCUGAUUUAGAAGGAGAACUGAAAGAAAAUGGUGACAGGGUUUUUGUAGAUUCCCCCCCAGAAUUUUGUCCACCAUUGGAUAAACUCAUUGACUUCUCAAGAGUAGAUGUUAUUCUUAUUUCCAACUACUUAUGCAUGAUGGCUUUGCCAUUCAUCACUGAAGGUACUGGUUUCAAAGGGAGAGUAUAUGCAACAGAACCUACAUUGCAAAUUGGGCGGUUACUCCUUGAAGAACUAGUUGUCUAUAUUGAACAAUGUCCAAAAUCUAGUUUUGCUUCUCAGUGGAAAAACUUUGUUCACAAAUGUCCUUAUCCUUUGAAUGAAUCUUUCAAACCAAAAUCUUGGAGGCAAAUUUACAAUAUGAAAGAUGUUAAUGCUAGUUUGUCCAGAAUACAAAUGGUGGGAUAUAAUGAAAAAAUUGAUGUGUAUGGAGCUCUUCAAGUAAUUCCAGCAAGUUCUGGACUUUGUCUGGGGUCAGCAAAUUGGGUUAUAAGUACAGAACAUGAAAAGGUAGUAUAUCUGAGUGGAUCCAGCACCCUAACCACACAUCCUAGGCCUAUGGAUCACCAAUCUCUCAAAAAUGCAGAUGUCCUUAUAAUGACAGACCUCACGCAAACACCAAUAAGCAAUCCUGACUCCAUGUUGGGGGUUUUGUGUGUAGUUGUAGGUUUAACACUGCGAGGAGGUGGCAAUGUACUUAUACCUUGCUAUCCAACAGGAGUAGUUUAUGAUCUCUUUGAGUGUUUAUCGGGAAAAAUGGCGGAGUUGGGAGUAUCCAAUUGUCCAAUGUUUUUUGUGUCACCUGUUGCUGAUAUUUCACUAGCUUAUUCCAAUAUUUUAGCUGAAUGGUUGUCAUCUGUUAAACAAAACAAAGUUUAUGUUCCUGAUGAACCUUUUCCACAUGCUAUGCUAGUGAAAAAUAAUAAACUAAAGCAUUUCAAGCAUAUUUAUUCAGAUGGAUUUAGUACGGAUUUUCAAGAGCCUUGUGUAGUUUUCUGUGGUCAUCCUAGUUUGAGAUAUGGAGAUGUUGUUCAGUUUAUAGAGUUAUGGGGUAACAAUCCAAGAAACUGUAUUGUAUUCACUGAGCCUGAUUUUGACUAUAUAGAAGCCCUAGCUCCAUAUCAGCCACUUCAAAUAAAGGUGGCACACUGUGCCAUAGAUACCUCAUUGAAUUUCACUCAGGCUAACAAGCUCAUCAAAGAUUUGAAACCUAAAACACUUGUGGUACCAGAGUGUUAUACUCAGCCUCCAGUGUCAGCACCUAAUUUGACGGAAUUGGUCAUUGGUACUCAUGCUGAAAGUUCUGUCAUUCCUUACAAAUGGGGAGAGGUCAUCAAUUUACCGCUCAAACGGAAACAGGGACAAGUGUACUUUGAACCAAAUGUUGCACAGAAAAUCAUUCCAGUGGAAGUGAAGCCUGGUAUAAGUUUAUCCACUGUAACCGGUACACUCAAUGUAAAGGACAAUGUGCAUAAUAUUCAGGACUUCUCCUCGGAAUCCAAGACUGACAAAUUAGUGAAGUAUGAGUGGGGCACAUUAAAUAUAACUGAAUUCAUGCAAAAGUUAUCUCAAGAGGGUGUCACAGAUGGAAAAGUUGAAUCUUUAGGAGGAGUUGUGGUUAUCCAUCUGCAAGAUGAAGAUGCUCUCAUUCAACUAGAAGACAACAGUACUCAUGUUGUUUGUAAUGCUGAUGAGAAUUUAAGGACUAAAAUAAGAAACAUUGUGAUGCAGUGUUUAAAAAAGUUUUAAUAUUUAUUUUUCAAAUAACUUUUUUUUUGAAUAUGUGAGUUGAAGUGUUCUGUUAAACCCCAAACUUCUGAUUGAUAUAAAACAUUUAUGUUAUGGUGUUAAUGCAGAUAAUGUUCUAUUUCUCUGCAUAAUUGAUGGAUUCAUUAAUUUUGUUCCUGAAUCACUGAGGACUUCAAUUAAAUAAAGAAAAAUCAUUGAAGCAGAAUAUUCCUUAUUUUAUAUUCAUCAAUAUUAUAUUAUACUUUAGAAAAAUCUCAUGUAGAUGGAAUUGAAUUUUCAUUUGAUUUUUCAAAAAUUAAUGAAAUGCAUCAGUGACUCUCUCCUUUCUUUCCAGCCACUCUCUUGAAAUCCCCCAUAUUAGUUGUAUUAAUAGGUGACCCAAUGAUGACUAAAUGAUCAAUUUGAGUAACUUCUCCCCCUCCUAGAUUGUCUUUGAUAAAGAACUGGAUAUUUGUAACAUUUUGGAAUUUAACAUAUCUCAAGUUGAUUGGAUUUCCUUCUAUAUCCUCUGGAGUCAAUCUAAAAUGAAAAACACAAACAAAUAAUAAUAUGGAACAAAUAAAAAAUGUAAACUACUCACUCCAUAUCUUGAACACUGGUGUAACUAUCUGCUAGAUCAAAAUCUAAGGUUCUAGGCUGAUUGAUAAAAAUCCUAAUAGUUUUAGGUCCUUUGUCAGCUGGGGCUUUGAUCUUCAAACUAUGAAUCUUCACUGCUUGGUUGAAUGUUACAGACACUAUCA